GCUUGCCGCUCGUUCAACUAUUUCAGAGAUGAUAAGAUAUGUGAGUUGAACAAUGCUACAGCCGCGAGCUACCCACACAAAAUGACCACUGCAGAUGGGUGUUUGUAUUACGAGAAAAUCAGUGAACAUUCAACAUUCAGCACCGUGCCUGAAACCAGCACUACUGUAUUGACAACCACCGCUUCGGCAACCACCAUACCCGAAACAAGUAGGCCUACGGAACCGUCAACUAGCGGAGCACUUAUAACCAGCAUCACAUCCACAGCAAACACCGCUCCGGCAACCACUGCACACGAAUCAAGUAUGGUUACGUCAACCAGCGGAGCUCCACAAACUAGCACCACAUCCGCAGCAAGCACAGCUCCGGCAACCACCGUACCCGGAACAAGUACGGUUUCGUCAGCUAGCCAAGCACUUAUAACCAGCAAAGCAUACACAACAGAGACAACUCCGGCAACAACCAUACCCAAAACAAGUACAGUGCCAUCAACUAGUGGAGCACCAUCGACUAGCGGAGCACCAUCAACUAGCGGAGCACCAUCAACUAGUGGAGCACCAUCGACUAGCGGAGCACCAUCAACUAGCGAAGCACCGUCAACUAGCGGAGCACCGUCAACUAGCGGAGCACCGUCAACUAGCGGAGCACCAUCAACUAGCGGAGCACAAUCGACUAGCGGAGCACCUUCAACUAGCGGAGCACUGUCAACUAGCGGAGCACCGUCAACUAGCGGAGCACCGUCAACUAGCGGAGCACCAUCAACUAGCGGAGCACCAUCAACUAGCAAAGCACAAUCGACUAACGGAGCACCGUCAACUAGCGGAGCACUGUCAACUAGCGGAGCACCGUCAACUAGCGGAGCACCGACUACUGAAACCCAUUCAACUACGGAGGAACCCUCAACCAUCGCAGCACCUACGGUCCAGGCAGUUACAUCUAUGAGCCAAACGGGCGAAGCAUGCGAUGCUGGCGUUUACUAUUUUGAUAACAAUGAGUGUGACGUGUUCUACGAGUGUGCUUUUGGACUAAAAGUUAGAAAAAGCUGUGAUGACCUAUACUUCAACCCUAGUUUCAACGGCUGUGAUUUUACAUCCAAUGUCCCCUGCCCCCGAGCGUCCGUUACCGAAGCACCAUCGGCUAGCGGAGGGCCGUCAACCAUCGCAGCACCUACGAUCCAGGCAGUAACAUCUAUGAGCCAAACGGGCGAAGCAUGCGAUGCUGGCGUUUACUAUUUUGAUAACAAUGAAUGUGACGUGUUCUACGAGUGUGCUUUUGGACUAAAAGUUAGAAAAAGCUGUGAUGACCUAUACUUCAACCCUAGUUUCAACGGCUGUGAUUUUACAUCCAAUGUCCCCUGCCCCCGAGCGUCCGUUACCGAAGCACCAUCGGCUAGCGGAGGGCCGUCAACCAUCGCAGCACCUACGAUCCAGGCAGUAACAUCUAUGAGCCAAACGGGCGAAGCAUGCGAUGCUGGCGUUUACUAUUUUGAUAACAAUGAAUGUGACGUGUUCUACGAGUGUGCUUUUGGACUAAAAGUUAGAAAAAGCUGUGCUGACCUAUACUUCAACCCGAAUUUCAACGGCUGUGACCAUACAUACAAUGUCCCCUGCCCUCGAGCGUGAAUUGUUUCAUGACCCUUAUAUCAAACAUUAUAAUCAAGAGACAUCUAUCUUUAUCUGGAAGGUGCAGAAUCUCCUCCAUAAAAGCAGUUCGGAAAAUUAUUUCCCUGUCAUCAGAAAGAUUUGAAGGCAGUGGAUCGGACACUAUUGGUAGUUACU